AUGAGGUCAGUUUCUCCUAGGAACUUUUCAUUGGCUCAUCAAUGUACCUGCCCUAAAGGCUCAGAACUUCUUAAAGAUUAUAUAGCCAAGGAUCAAUACGAAGAGCUUGUUAAACGGCGAGCUAAGGACCUCCAACAGUACAAAACCAGGAUGGUGUCUGAACUAUCCAGACUGCUGCUUGCUUCGCCUAACUCUCCUCUGCAGUAUCCUAUUCAAGGUUAUAUAGUACAGCCUUUGACCUCUACUCUCAUACCAGGUUUAGGGCUGCAUGCAGAAAACAGAAGCAGCUACAAGGUAUCUUUAAGUGUGUCUAAAGGCAUCCUGACCACAAAUAUUACACCUGAACAGACAAUCAUCAAAGGAUCUGGUGAGAACAAACUGAUUAUCGAGUCUCGCAGCCUGGUGACCCUCAACAACUUGCUAGCCAAAGUGUCCUAUACCAGCACUGACUACCACAUAAACACUGGAGACCUUGCCACUUUCCAGUUUGAAAUGCAUGAAGCUGUGUUUCCAAUUGCCAUCAAACAGCCUCGUGUACCAGUCCUGUAUGACAUGGGAACAGAUAUCAGCUCUCAAGUCACCAUCACAACAAAGACUUUCCAGCGCUAUACACACUUAAGAGUGUUGCUCGACAGCAUCCGGCAAUUCUAUAGCAACGUAAAAAUUAUUAUUGCCGAUGACAGCUUUGAAACGGAGCACAUUACUGGAGAAAACAUUCAACAUUACAUUAUGCCUCCAGCACAGGGCUGGUUUGCAGGCAGAAAUCUGGCUGUUUCCCAGGUAACCACCAAGUACUUCCUGUGGGUGGAUGAUGACUUUAUGUUUACAGAGAAGACGAAGAUAGAGAAGCUUGUAGAGGUGAUGGAAGCGAUGCCAGAACUUGACGUGGUUGGUGGGUCAGUAAAAGAGAAUCAGUUUUAUUUCUCUCUUAUCUAUGAAGAAGGAGAAGAAACUGAAGGUGGCUGCUUAUACAGGAAGUCUAAUAAGAAAUUACAUUCAGUUCCUGGUUACCCACAAUGCUUUUUGGCCAGUGGAGUGGUCAACUUCUUCCUGGCCCGUACAGAUGCUGUACAGAGGGUGGGUUUUGACCCUAAGCUA